CGCACACAUAUGCACACACAUCUGCUCUGUUUCAUGGCCUCCUUCAAGGGGUUGCUAUAGGAACUGUAGUGACAAAGGCAAGGCAGUCUCCAGGGCUUGGAUGUGGAAGGACGGAGCAGGAAUAGGAGGAGUUUUGCAACAGCAACAAGUUUGAGCGGAUCUUCUGCUGCUGGAAAAGUUGCUUGUGAGGGGAAGGGAUGUGAGGAAGUGGAGCACAGCUGGAUCCAUGGCGGUAGGAAGCCUGGGAUCGCAAUGGCGGCAGAAGUUGUGCUGGUGAUGGCGAUGGGGAUGGGAAUGGAAAUGCAGGGCCAGGCAGGUAGAAGUGUGAAUGGCACUGACUGACCACCGGGAAACACCGCCCGGCUAACCCACGGGCUGUGGGACACUCCUCCUGCGUCACCAAGGAUGCUCUGUUUGCCACUUCUCUUGCUGGCUGGCCUCUCCGGUUGUUCCAGCUCCGAAGUCAACCCUGCAAUAUGUCGAUAUCCUUUGGGAAUGCAUGAAGGGACGAUCCGAGAUGAAGAUAUCACAGCUUCCAGCCAGUGGUAUGAUUCGACGGGGCCUCAAUAUGCACGGUUACUGAGGGAGGAGGGUGAUGGAGCUUGGUGUCCAGCUGGUCUCCUACAGCCUGAAGAUGUGCAGUUUCUCCAGAUAGAUCUGCACAAACUUUAUUUCAUCACACUGGUGGGGACACAAGGGCGGCAUGCCCGGGCCACUGGGAAGGAGUUUGCCCGUGCUUACCGGAUAGACUACAGCCGCAAUGGGGAGCGCUGGCUCUCUUGGAAGGAUCGACAAAACAGGCAGGUUAUUCAGGGCAACAUUGACACUUACGAUGUUGUCUUGAAAGAUCUUCGCCCGCCUAUCAUUGCCCGCUAUAUCCGAGUGAUCCCAGUGACAGAGCAGCCCAUGACUGUCUGCAUGCGAGUGGAACUAUACGGCUGCAUUUGGUCUGAUGGUUUGGAAUCCUAUAGCAUGCCAGAAGGUGAGGUGAUGGCAGCUCCUGGCAAUCCCAUUGUUUAUCUGAAUGAUUCAACCUAUGAUGGUUUCCUCGAACGUAGGCUUCUACAUGGCGGUUUGGGUCAGUUGACCGAUGGGAUCCUGGGCCUGGAUGAUUUCACCAAGAGCCACCAGUACCGAGUGUGGCCAGGCUACGACUAUGUGGGCUGGAGGAAUAACAGUUUGCGGAAUGGCGCUGUUGGGCUGGAAUUUCAAUUUGACCAGCAGAGGAACUUCACCUUCAUGAAGGUCCACUGCAAUAACAUGUUUUCCAAAGGCGUAAAAAUCUUUGAGAGGGUGGAAUGCUUCUUCAAACCUCAGCUGUUUGCAGAAUGGGAGCCUGAAUCUGUAGGAGCGGAUACUGUUCUGGAUGACAAGAACCCCAGUGCGCGGUUUGUUACCGUUCCCCUCAACCAUCGGGUUGGCAAAGCCAUCCUGUGCCAAUUCUACUUUGCUGACACCUGGAUGCUGAUCAGUGAAGUCUCCUUCCAGUCAGUGGACAUGGAUGUCUUUGACCCCAUUGUGGUCACUCUGGCCUCAAGCACAACCUUAGCGAUCUUCCCAUCAGAAGAAAUGAAUGUUACAAAUGGGACCUGGGAGACCACUACAAGAUCUGACACAAGUCCCUGGAUUAAAGCCAAAUCAGAAGAUCCCAGCACCUCCACUCUGGUGGGCUGCCUUGUGGCCAUCAUCCUAGUGCUCCUCGUCAUCAUUGCCAUCAUCCUGUGGAGGCAGUAUGCCCAGAAACGGCUGGAGACGGCUCCCCGACGAAUCCUGGAAGAGGACGCCACCGUCCGACUCUCCUUCUACAGCUCCAGAAUUGUCAGUGGUCAGACGCAGAUCCACCAGACCAACCCCACCUAUGAGAGGGUCUUUCCAUUGGACCUGGAAUAUCAUCAACCCAUCACCCUCCUCCAGAAAUUGCCAGAGCUCUCCCAAAGUGCUGAGGAUUCAGCUUGUAGUGGGGAUUACGCUGAGCCAGACCUCACCAAGUGUACCCCUCACCAAGGAUUCCAGAAUAACGUUCCACAUUACGCCGAGACGGAUAUUGUCAGUCUGCAGGGUGUGACAGGCAAUAACACAUACGCUGUACCAGCCAUUACGGUUGACUCAUUGACCAAGAAGGACAUCUCUGUAGCCGAAUUCCCAAGACAGCAACUGCGGCUCAAGGAGAAGCUGGGGGAAGGACAAUUUGGGGAGGUCCACUUGUGUGAAGCAGAUGGCCUCCUGGAAUUCUUAGGUCGCGCUUCCCUGGAAGCAUCCAGCCGGCCAGUUUUAGUCGCUGUAAAAAUGCUGAGAGCCAAUGUCACCAAGACAGCCAGGAAUGACUUUCUCAAGGAGAUCAAGAUCAUGUCCCGCCUGAAGGAUCCAAACAUCAUCCGACUUCUGGGAGUCUGCGUGCGGGACGAUCCUCUGUGCAUGAUCACCGAGUACAUGGAAAAUGGGGAUCUCCACCAGUUCCUGUUGCAACGGCAGAGCAGAAGCACCUUCACCCUCUCCAACAACAUCCCUUGUGUCAGCUGCCUCCACCUCCUGCUCAUGGCUACUCAGAUAGCCUCUGGCAUGAAGUACUUAGCUUCCCUCAACUUCGUACACCGCGACUUGGCUACACGCAACUGUCUGGUUGGGAACAAUUAUACCAUCAAGAUUGCCGAUUUUGGCAUGAGUAGGAACCUGUACAGCGGAGAUUACUACAGGAUCCAGGGGAGGGCCGUGCUGCCGAUUCGUUGGAUGGCCUGGGAAAGCAUCCUUCUGGGCAAGUUCACUACAGCGAGUGACGUGUGGGCUUUUGGUGUUACGCUGUGGGAGAUGUUCACACUGUGCAAGGAGCAACCCUACAGUUGGCUCUCGGAUGAGCAAGUCAUCGAGAACACGGGGGAGUUCUUCCGAGACCAAGGACGACAGGCUUAUUUGUCUCAACCCCCCUUGUGUCCAAAUCUUGUGUUCUCCUUGAUGAUGAAGUGCUGGAGCCGAGAUAUCAAAGAUCGCCCAGCGUUUGAAGCGAUUCACCUGUUUCUAGUAGAACAAAUGGACGGGAGCAUUUGACCCGCAAAGGAGCAGGAGAGAUGCUACAGAAAGACCAGAACAACCGUGGAACAGCCUCUUGGUGCCUGCAGCUUUCACAAGUUUCUGUUUGGGGCUUCCUUGUUGCAAUGGAAAAUUAACCAAGUGGAUUUGCACAUGGAGCUGGAGUAAGACGUUGUUGCCUCUGGGAAUUCCUUGGAAAUGUUCCGUGAUGAUAACCUCUGUGACAAGCCAUGGAGUUCAUAGCCAUCAUGACAAACUUAUAUGAUCAGACUUGGCUUUUCCAUCUCUGUGCAUUAGAACCAAUCUUUCUGAUCUCUGCUUCAAGGAGGUGUCCAUGGCUGCUGGUUCCCUUCUUCGACUAUGGUCAAAAGACCCACAAGAAACUGCCAUCUCAUGGAUUAAUUUUGCCUUCCUUCCUGGAAAUACUGAGAGUCUGUGGUCCUUUUCCUGUUUCCUCUCCAACAUGACACCUUCUCCUCACCCCUUUUUACAAAACCACAAUGUUAGGGAAAUAUAUAGUCUACUCAACAGGUAUAUCUCAGUUCUAAGGAAGGUUUGAUUCUUUCCUGGAAGCCACUCUUUUGGUUCAAACCUGAAGAAAAUCUCAAAAGAAACUCAGGAGGGACAGCCAUUCGUGAUCGGAUCUGCAAGAAACGGUGUCACCAAGCUGUGUCCUUUGGAUUUGGGGAAAGCUAUUGAUGCUCCUAUGUGUUUGCAGAAAGGGCGCAUGUGUGAAUUCUUCCACACUGGAUUUUAUGUUAAUGGCUACAGGAAGAUCACUAAAGACCCUCCAUUCAUCUACGAAAGGGGUAUAUGGGUUAGGGUCCUUUGAGGGAUAGUUAACACUGUUGCUAUUGUCGUGAUGAUAUUCAUGUCUUUGUGCUUGUGAAAUUGUAGCCAAAAUGGACUGAUGUGCACAUUACUCUGUACCCAAAUCUAUCCCUUUAAUACGAAGCCAAAUGAGAGGUAGAACUCAGGCUUGGAUCCUAGCGUCACUACAUUUUUACACAGUCUGCCUCCUCCUCUCGUUGUAUAAGGAAUAUUUCCUCCAUCCUUUUAAUCUCUUCAACUACUGCUUCUUUUUAAUUGUUUUAUAUGUCUUAUAAGUCGAAAGCUUUGAAAAACUAGACAUUUCUCUGGACCAAAUAGUGUCAUGGAAUUAGAUGAGGAGUGGUUCUGAAUUCAGACGGAGGCAGUGUGAUGUGGUAGUUUCAAUGUUUGACUGGGGAUGCAUCUGCACUGCAGAAAUAAUCCAGUUUGAUACCAAUUUGCCUGCCAUGACUAAGUGCUCAAUGUUUUUGUAAGACAUUUCACCUUCUGUGUCAGAGAGCUCCGGUGCCACAACAAACUACAAUUCCCAGAAUUUCAUAACAGUGAGUCAUGGCUCUUAAAGUGGUGUCAAAACUGGAUUAUUUCCAGUGCAGAUGGAGCCUAAGACUCUGGGGAACAGAGUUUGAAAUCCUGCUCAGUUAUAGAAACCCAUUGGGUGGCCUUGGGCAAGUCACACUCUCUCAGCCUCAGAGGAAGGCAAUAGAAAACCCUCUCUGAACAAAUCUUUCCAAGGAAACCAUGUUAUAGGGCCAAGUCACAAGCAACUUGAAGGCACACAACAACAACAACAACAACAACAGACUUCAGAACAACUUGGCUUUUAUUAUUAGCAUUAAAAAUACACUCCCAAGUUUCUAGUCCUUUAAAAGUCUAAAAUGUUUUUUGAAAAUCUCCGAAAUGGUGGCGAGAAGGAUGUCAAGUUUGUAGUCAAGAAAUGAACCCCAACUGCUUCUCGUAUCUCUUUUCCUCGUACCCUGGACUGGCAAGCACAUAAUAAGUGAUAAAUUAUACUAUAUAAACAUAUUGUGUGAGAUCCAGCAUCGUACAUUGGCCUGAAAGUUGGAUUAAGACUCUGGAGACCAGGGUUCGAAUCCCUGCUUGCAUGUUAAAUUUCAUCUCUAUAUUAGCCCUCAUCUUCUUCCAAUACCUUUGUGGUGUUUGUCUCUUUAUCUCCCUCCACUGUCUUAAAUUCCUUUACAACAAAUCCUUUUUUGGGACCACCCUAAAAGCUGUUUGUAUUCCCUCUCCAUAUCACCUUCUUGUCCAUAGAUCCUACUUUAAGUCCUAACCCCAACCCAAAACCUUUGGCAACCUUAAUUUUCAGCAUCCUAGAACUAUCCCUUCCCUUUCUCAUGUUUGAAUGUUACCAGACAUUCCAAGACGCAACUUCGGUGCUUUCAGAAUAAAUGAUUCAAUGGAAAAAUCCUGUGUUUAGGUGCAGAAGACAAUGUCAGGCAAAUGGGAGAGAACUUCUUCUACCUGUGUAUAAAAAUUCACUUUUACAUUGUAUGGUCCAUUGUGCUUCCCUCCAUCAAUUGCCUUCACAACAGCCCUGUAAGAUAGGCCUCUCUUCCAAUUUUUUAUGGAGUAGUGGUGUAGUAGUUUCCCUGGAGACCAGGGUUCGAAUCUUGCUCGGCCAGGAAAACCCAGUGACCCCAGGAUUCGAAUUCCAGCUCAGCCAAGGAAACCCACCUUGGGCAAGUCACACUCUCUCAGCCUCAGAGGAUCACUUUAAUUGCUGUGGCUCCAUUCUACAGAAUCCUGCGAUCUGUAGUUUGUUGUGGCACCAGAGAAGGCUGAAUGUCUUACAAAACUACAACCCCCAGCAUCCCCUUAACAUGGAGCCAUGGCAGUUAAAGUUGUGUCAAACUGCUUUAUUUCUAUAAUGCGGAGGCAACCCUGGGGCUUGACCACACCAUUCAAAUACUCCUUAUUUGAACUGAAUAGUCUGCAGUAUGGCCACAUAUAAUUCAAAGGAAGUGCGCUGAAAAAGGAUGCAUGGCUUUUACUAUGCAAGCAUCCAUAUUAUCGAAUGUGUGGCCACUGAUCGCAUGGCUGCACAUUUUUGGGUCAAUAGGACGAACAGACGCAGGAAAGUGACAAUUGUUGAUGCGAACGUGUGAAAAGCCACAACAAUUCACAUUAUAGUCCUAUGUGUAAACUAGGGACUAGUCGACGGACCACUCUAGAAGCCUGUUGCUAGGCAACGCACCUGAGGCCUACUCCUCAGGUAGGCCAGAGCCAGCCUUUCUGGAGUGUCACCCAUUAUAGCAACCAUAAUUAGAAAAUUAAGCAUUCUGUUCAUUACACCCCUUGCGCCUUUAUUUCUCUGAGAGAUGCCCAGAUUGGGACACUUUUAUUUCCAUGUUACUUGAAGUUCGAAACUGUGGAUGCAUUGCGCCAUUGGGUCCCGGAGCACAUAUUUCGAUUCCCUCAAAACAAAGUAGCAGUGGCUGCUUCUUUCACUUCGGGCUGCGUCCGGACUGUAGAAAUAAUCCGGGUUCAUUCCACAUUAACUGCUAUAGCUCCCUUCAUGUGACAUUUUAGCCUUCCCUGUCGGAGAGCUCUGGUGCCACAGCAAACUACAAUCCCCAGGUUUCCAUAGCAAGGAGCCAUGGCUAUUAGAAACGGUGUCAACCUGGGUUAUUUCUGCAGUGCGGACGCAGCCUUGCUCCUUCUCUCUCGUUUCCAAACUGGCUGUUUUUAUGUCACUCAUUCCAGCUGUUGCAGCUGUGUAUAUAUUGUAUUUAGAACGGCAUCCAGAUGUGUACAUACUAUAAUAUAUGAAUUUAACCAGCAGUCCCAUCCACAGUCUUUGCGGACGGGCGUUACGUCUUCUCGGUUUUGUUCAGUUUUGUAUUUGUAUUUUAUUUUGUUUUUUACACAUUGGACAAAUGACCAAUAAAUUCUGUUGGUUUUCCUUU